UACCUACCUGGUAUAAUGAAGAUUAAAUUGGAUGUGAGUGACUAGAGCUGCUGUCACGAUUCAUAAACGUCUCUGGAGGAACGUGAAAUUGUUGAUUUAAUGAAGCAAGGUGCAGAGAAAAUGGAGAGAUGUGUGUGUAAUUAUUUUAAUGCGUGGAGGUAAACAGCCUCCCAUGAUGCACCUUCAUCAUCCUCAUCAUCAUAUUCGACAUCAUCAACCCAGUGGCACCUUUAGAAGGCAGCAAGAGCCCUCGAAACUGCAGCAUAAAGUGGAUAACGAUGGAGAUGCUCAAACUUGUUCUUUUGUUUCUACUGCUGACAAACGUCUUCUGUCUGAAUGGAGACAAGCAGACAAGUCAGAUCAAAAGUGAAAAAUCAGAUUUAAUUGAAGAUAUCUUGACAAGGAUGGCCAGAAAACCACCACCACCACCACCUCGGCGAUUUUUCAAGAAAAACACCGCCGCGAGAAGUCUGGCAGCACGUAAACUACACAGGUUUCAAACCUUUGUCGGUCUGAUGGGCAAAAGGAGCUGAGGGUGCCGUACUCCAUUCAACCUGCCGGACGACAGAUCAUUUAAAACUUACCUGCAGGAAGCACGAAAAAACUUCACCUGUAUUUCAAAUUUACUUUUAGCUAACAUGUGAUAAGAAUAUAUGUACGUAGACGAUAAAGAUACUGUAUGGUAUGAUAUCAUGUUUCUCUGAACGCAGUCAGUAUUUGGUAUAAUGGCGACCUCCAGUGGGGAUUUUAAGACCUGCAGUCACGUGAACUUAUACAGUACAAUACAUACUUUUGAAAGUAUUAGUGCCUAUCUAAAAAAUUACCACUUUUAGAUGUUGAGUCAAAGUAUUUUACUGAAGAAUAAAAAAAUCUAGAAUACUGUAUUUUUUUUUCAUGGCCCUAAGCCUGCUUGUUGUCUUCAUUUAAGAGCCAGCAUGUGCCAUCACAAUGAGGCCACCUGAGUCAACCAUAUGAUCACAGGUUUUAUUAAGUGACUUUGUACAAUACAAAUGGAAAAAAAAAUAACAUUAAAAAUACAAGAAAUGGAGUACAUAGCCAAAAGCAAAAAGAAAAUAAAACAUGGUGUCGACUCUUCAUUUCUCACUGGCCAUUAAACGUAGCAUGACCUAAUAUUUUCGGGUAUUAUUUUCCUAAUUUUGUAUUUGGUGGCAUGUGUUAUAAAACUUUAUAAACAGUGGAUGCAGCUCUCACGUCUGAGGAUUUUAUUUUUCUUCUACACAUACAAAAGCAGGCCUUACUUCAGCUGGCUCGGUAUAUAUUUAUAUAUAAAAAUAAAAAUAAAGAGAAAUAUAAUACUUUUAACAUUAUAUAAAUGGUGGUCCAAUGCUAGCGGUAGAUGGCUAAACACAGAAAGGUGGAUAGGGAAAAAAAAAAUUGUUAUAAUGUGAAAAUAAGAAGCUUAAGCCAGGAGUUGAGUCUAUAAAAAAAGGCCCAGUUGUUUUUUCUCUAACUUGGAAAGGUUAAACAGCUUCAGCGGGUACUUUCAAG